AUGGCUCGAGAGGUUAUCCUUAAACUGGAUCGGUGGCUGAAGGCCGAGGAAGCCACUACGCUUGAAGAGGUAAAAGGAGUUAUACAGAUGGAACAAUUUAUGAGCCAAAUGCCCCUCAGUGUAAGAUGUGAGCUCGCAUCACACGACGUGAAAGACGUGAUGGAAGCCGGACGCAGAGCUGACAAGUACUGUGCGGUCCGUGGGAUGAACGGAGAUGAACACCAUGAAGGGAGAAAGCCAUUCUCCAGCAGAAAUGAUGGUCAUCAGAGAUAUAAGAAUGACAGUCAGAUGAGCUCGACAUCAGUCCACAGAUCAAACCAGCCCCGCCCUAACAACUAUAGUUUUCCCCACACUUACUCCAUGCCCCCGCCAGCCGACCACAACAUGAGGUCUGCGCCCUAUGGGAGUAGGCCCAGGAGCACUACCUAUUACCAGAAGGGUAGUGGGGAUGAAGGUGCAGUUAAGUGCCUUGGAUGUGGAAGUAGCGGGCAUAGGAAGUUCCAGUGUCCGAAGGGACGGCCGAAGCCAGUGGGAGCAGUUGCCGCCCAAAGAGACCUGAUAAAGUACUCGUAUGUGGAGAAUAUGAAUGCAGAGAUACAAGAGGAGCCGCCGAAAGAUGAGGGCUUUGAGCACUUCACUAGUAAGGGCACAGUGAAAGUGGAGGGAAGUCCAGAGAAGGUGAUCAGAAUCCUUCGGGAUACGGGAGCUAACCAGAGUCUGAUCUUAAGUAGUGUACUCCCAUGGAAUGAGGAGACCAGCACUGGCAGAGAGGUCUCAUGCAAGGGUGCAGGAGGCAAGUUCAGUAUUCCCCUGCACAAAGUUUGGCUGGACUGUGGAUACGUCACAGGAGAGGUGACGGUGGGAGUGAAGGAGGCACUGCCCGUAGAUGGAGUGGAUAUGCUGGUUGGGAACGACCUGGCUGGAGGUCGAGUUAUCCCUAAACUUCAGAUGGUAGACAACCCUCUGAUAGGGAUGACGGAAACCACCACUCCAGCAGCAGUCCCUCACUCAACAGAUGGGGAGGCAGAGGUGCCCGAAUUGUUCCCAGUCUGCGCAGUGACCCGAGCGAUGGCCCGGAAGGAACGCAUGGACACCGAGGGAGCAACGCAGGAGGACGAAGGCCUGGGCGUUCUGUUUGAGGAACCUGAUGAAAAGGAACUAACCCGGAGUGCGCCGAGUGGUGGACCGGUUGUAGGUCAGGUGGGGCCCAACCUUGAUUUUCUGGUAGAAAAGAACGAGUUGAUAAAAGCUCAGGAGAGUGAUGAAAGCUUGAAGUCUGCUUGGAAUGAGGCUAACAGGCUGGGUGAGCUUGACAAUGAGUACGUGGGCUACUACGUGAAUAACGGGGUAUUAAUGAGAAGUUGGAGGCCCCUGACAGCCCCAACCUCCGAUCACUGGAUGGUGAAAAGGCAGAUUGUGGUGCCAUGGGUGUAUAGGAAGAAAAUUUUGGAGAUGGCACACGAAGGUAAUCUGGCAGGACACCUGGGGGUCAGAAAAACCCUAGGAAAGAUCCUGUGUCAUUUUUACUGGCCCAGAGUGAGAGGUGAUGUGAAAGAGUUUUGUAAAACUUGUGGUUUGUGUCAGAAGGUGGGCAAGCCGAACCAGGUGAUUCGCCCUGCCCCCUUCACCCUAUACCUGUGGUUUCCUGAGGCCAUUCCCCUCAGGAGUAUAAACUCUAAAAACAUUGUGAGGGAACUGGUGAAAUUUUUCUCCUGGGUGGGAAUUCCUAAGGUGUUGCAGUCAGACCAGGGAAGUAAUUUCACUUCUCGUGCGUUCAAGGAAAUCCUAAGGGGUCUGAAGAUUGAACAGAGACUGUCGAGUGCUUAUCACCCUCAGUCUCAGGGUUGUGUAGAAAGAUUUCACCAAACUCUCAAAAACACUCUCAGGAUGUAUUGUGAGGAGAUGAGUGUUCAGUGGGAUGAGGCAUUGCCACUAGCCUUAUUCGCGUUAAGGGACAGUGUGCAGGAGUCAACUGGUUUCAGCCCAUUUGAGUUAGUGUAUGGCCAUGAGGUGAACGGUCCUUUAAGGAUGGUGAAAGAAAAAUGGUUAGGAGUAGAGGAGCCUCAUACUGUGGUGAAAUAUGUAUCUGAUUUCAAGGACAGAUUGAUGAGAGCUAGGGAAAUUGCUCGGGAAAAUCUGAAAAAUAGUCAGAGUGAAAUGAAAGGCUGGUAUGACAAGAAGGCGAGGGCCAGAUCUUUCCAGCCUGGGGACAAGGUCUUGGUUCUUUUCCCAUUGCAGGGUGAUCCUUUCAAAGCCAGGUUCAGCGGGCCUUGGGAGAUUGAGAGAAAAAUGAGUGAUGUAAAUUACAUUGUAAAAACUCCAGGGAGGAAGAAAAAGAACCAGUUGUGUCAUGUAAACAUGCUGAAGCCAUUUCACGAAAGGGACAGAGAAAAUGGAGAUGAUGUAGUAGGAGGAGUAAGAGCUGUGAGUGUUGUAAAUGUAACCACUGAGGCGGAGGAGAAGUGGUCUGAAGUGAAAUUGAGCAGGUGUGAAGGGAUGGUGCUAGAGAACUCAGCUGUGUUAGGGAAUUUAAAUGAUAAACUGUGGCACAUGGAGCUGGAGAAGAGGGAGAGGAUUAGGGAGAUAAUUGAAAGGUUCAGUUCUUUGUUCCCUGAUGCACCUAGAAAAACUAAUGUGGUGGUGCACGAUGUGGAUGUUGGGGAGGCUGAACCCAUCAAACAGCAUCCCUACAGAGUUAACCCGCAGAAAAGAGAGAUCAUGAGAAAAGAAGUAGAGUAUAUGCUGGAACACGACUUGAUUGAGCCCAGUGAGAGCCCAUGGAGCUCGCCAUGUGUACUGGUGCCCAAGCCUGGUCUUACAGGACUAUAA